UCGGACUUGUUCUGGCCACGCCACAAGCAUACUGACAACAAGACUAUUUUUACUCCGUAUAAUUUUCAGGGGUAAAAAACGAGGUGUCAAAUCGUCACGAGAGCACCGUGUUCAAUAACAAAACCCCCGUGGCCUUAAGGACUCGAGCCCCGUACUCACCUUGUCCCACCUGUCUUUAUCUCGUUCAUCUCUCUCCAUGUGUCGCUGAAAAAACAAGACAAGAGUACGGGUGACAAACAAGGAAGUUGACCAUUAGUUGGUGUUUCCCCGUCCGGCGUAUUACUCACCUCGACCUUUUUUCGGGAGUUCGACAACACCACUAGAUCGUUUUCGGAAGGCGGACGACAAGUACUGAGUAGAGUAUCUUGCGAACUACUUGGCUCCUUUAUUACCAUUCACCACGAAUACCCUCUUUCAUUCUCCUUAAACGGAAUCAUUUCGAGUGCAAAAGCCAAGAUGCCUCGAGUUUUUCUCAUCACCGGUUGUUCCACCGGUUUCGGGAGAGAAUACGCCCAGCAAGUCUUGGACCGUGGAGAUCGAGUGGUCGCGACCGCCAGGGACCCCGACAAGAUUCCUCUACAGAACGCCACCCCAGACAACCACCUCGCCCUCCGACUCGACGUGACCGACCCGGAGAGCGUCAGGGCGGCCUUCGCCUCGGCCCUGUCCAAGUUCGGCCGGGUCGACGUCGUCGUCAACAACGCCGGGUACGGCCUGGCCGGUUGCUUCGAAGCCUACACCGACGGUCAGGUCCGACGGCAGAUGGAGAUCAAUUUCUUCGGCCUGAUCGACGUCACCCGGGAAGCCAUGAGGGUCAUGAGGGACUGUCAAUCCCCCCCGGGCGGGCUGAUCCAACAGGUCACCAGCAUAGGGGGUCAGAGGGGCGUGCCGCUCUUCAGUGUUUACUGUGCCAGCAAAUGGGCGGUCGAGGGCUUCACCGAGGCCGUCAGCCUGGAGGUGAAACCCGAAUGGAACAUUCGGUUCACGUGCGUCGAACCGGGCGGGUUCAGGACGGACUGGGCCGGCCGGAGUAUGCAAUUCGCAGACACUCAUCCAGCUUAUGAUCACAUGAAUGCAAUGGAACGCAUGGCGGCUCGUCAUGGUAACCAAGCGGGUGACCCUGUAAAAGGUGCCAAGGCAAUGUACGAACUGGCCUCGAUGAAAGAUCCUCCCUUGAGAUGUGUCAUUGGUAGUGAUGCCUAUGCCGCAAUCAUGAACAAACUAGAACAGUACGAACAGAAUUACAAAAAGUACGAGACCCUGAGCAACUCCACCGACGUCGACGGUCACAAGCCCGCACCAAACCCUUAUACUUCUUCUUGAGAGGCACGUGGCCGAGGGGAUAAAAUAGAAAGAGAGAGAGAGAGAGGGAGAGAGAGAGAGAGGGAGAGAGAGAGGGAG